UUGGCCAACAAUUUAGCUUGCCGCUUUCGUUUGUUUUUCCCAUCCAUUUUUAUGAUCUGACCGUGAAAUCAAUAAGCAUAAAAUAUUUAAAUCCGUGCGGUGGCAAAUUUAGCAUGACGGAGUUCACGGAAAUCUUGCCACACAAGGGCCUAAUGGAUGGAGUCGCAGAUGCAAUUGGGGUUCCCGUGGAGGCAUUCCGACUUCUCCUAACCAUCGUAGCCGGUUAUCCCUUGGCAGCAUUUUAUCUGAAAUUUAUUGCUAUUAUUCACGAUAAGACCGUACAUCACAUGUUCUUUGCCGGAUGUGGCGCUGGAUUGUGUUACUUCAACUACGGCCACGACACAUAUCACUCCUUGGUGGCCAUCCUGACCACCUAUUUCCUCGUACUUUUCCUGCGCAAGAAAGCACAAAUAUUUCUGGCCAUAAACUUUGUAUUCCACAUGAGUUAUCUGCUGCUGGGCUACUUCUUCACCUCCAGCAAUGACUACGAUAUCCUGUGGACGAUGCCCCAUUGCAUUUUGGUACUCCGUAUGAUUGGCUUUGGUUUUGAUAUCACCGAUGGACUGAAAGAGGAAUCGGAGCUUUCGAAAGACCAGAAGGAAACUGCUUUGAAGGAACCACCUUCGCUGCUGGAACUCUUUGCUUUUGCUUAUUUCCCCAGUGGAUUUUUGGUGGGACCGCAGUUUCCGUAUCGCCGAUACCAGGCCUUCGUUAAUGGCCAAUUCCGUCAGCACGAGGGGAGCUUGAAUGCUGGCAUUCGUCGCUUUGGAGCUGGGGCCUUCUACCUCAUCGUUUGUCAAUUGGGAUUGAGCUAUUUCCCUGACUCGUACUUCCUCACCCCGGAGUUUGCAGAGGUUGCGUUCAUCAGGAAGAUUUAUUACCUGGGCUUUUGGGCCAAGUUCAGUCUAUACAAAUAUAUAUCCUGCUGGCUUCUCACCGAGGGAGCCCUCAUCUGCAUUGGAUUAACCUACAAAGGCGAGGACAAGAAUGGACAGCCGGAUUGGUCGGGCUGCAGCAAUGUCAAGCUAAAGCUCCUGGAGAGCGGAAACACCAUGGAGCACUACGUGCAAAGCUUCAAUGUCAACACCAAUCAGUGGGUGGGACAGUACAUCUACAAGCGACUCAAGUUCCUAAAUAAUCGCACGAUCAGCUAUGGCGCGGCUUUGGGUUUCCUGGCCGUCUGGCACGGAUAUCACAGUGGCUAUUACAUGACUUUCCUCAUGGAAUACAUGGUCGUGAGCACAGAGAAACAGAUAACACGCUUCUACACCAAAGUCGUUUUGCCCAAGUGGGGCCACAUUCUCAACAAAUCGGACAUCUACAAGCUGUUGUACUUCAUUGUUAUGAAGUCGUAUAACAUAUGUUUUAUGGGCUGGUGUCUGACGGCAUUCGUGUUCCUGAAAUGGGAGCGAUGGAUCGUUGUUUACGGCGCCGUCAACUACUACGGAUUCAUUUUCCUGAUCCUCUGGGCUGCCUUCUAUCACACCUAUCAUUUCUUUUUCCGGAGCACUUCACGAAGACAAGCUGGCGAGGAUGAAAAGAUAGAGGACAAAAGCACGGAAAACGUCACAGAGCAGGAAAAGAAACCAGAAGACAAAAAGUCUGAGUAGAAAAGGGGGAAUUGGAGAAGUUAUUUAACUGGCAGGAAGUUCUCAAAAUUUUAGUUCACCUUGACAAUUAUUUGGAAUUGGUAUUAAUCAAAGAAUCUAAUUAUUUUCUACUAACCAAAUGAGAAGUUUUACCAAAUAACAUGCCACUGUAACUAGAGAUUUGUUAACUAGCUAUUGGAAUGCAAUUUUAUACAUAUAUAUCGUCUGCCUAGUCAAGGAGGAGUCAUCCCCAAGUAUGCAGUGUGUUUUUUUGUUUUCGGAGAUAAGAUACUGUCUUAACUUGCCGAAACAAAAAAAAAACGCAUUCUCAGUCUUAUAUAUAUAUUAUGGAAUUGUAAAUUGUUUAAGUGCUAUAAGCCGUUUAGUUCAACUAGUAACUAGACAGAUCACACAAGACUUUAACAAGACCCGCGUCUAUCAAAAUCAAACAACUUCUGCAAAAGAUUCUUGUAUUUGUAUAGGAAGCAUUCGAGACUUAACUAAGCCAUAAAGACAGUUUUAUACAGAUACGCAGAUAAAGCAAAGAUAUAUUUUGAUAUGCUCACGCUAAGUGCAAAUUUCAGAAACGGAAAUGCGAAAUAAAAUGCAAUGAAAUUAUUUUAAGGUA